AUGGUUACGGAUGGAUAUUCCGUUCUUGUGAACGGACAUGAAUUCCUGGGAGAAUCGGUUAUGGGUGAAAAGUCUGUGCUUUAUUUCAGGGAAGGUGAACGGCUGAGUUCCAAAUCAAAGAAUAUUUCAAGUGUGAUGGUGAAGGAUGAUUUGGAAGCCCUCCUGUCUCUGGGGAGGUCCCAAGAUGGGUUUGUUAAAAAUGAUUUGAGGCGACCAGUUUGGCUUAAGAUCCUAAAAUCCAGAAUUGCAUUUGACGCCAGUAGGGCCAGUAGCAUGGGUAAAGAAUGGUCAGAUAUUGUAAGCCACAAAGAUGAACACCAAGUUUCGCUAGACGUCAGACGUUCAUUUGGAGAUAUCAAAGACGACGCAGCGAAGGCUUUUCUGCGUCAAGCUUUAGAGCAGACUAUUGUAAGAGUACUUCGGAAAUUUCCGCAGCUCAACUAUUACCAAGGUUAUCAUGAUGUGGUAGCAGUUUUUGUUUUAGUUUUUCUGCAGACUCAGAGGUCGAACGAAGAUUCAGAAUUGAGCGAUUCUACUAGCGGUUCAUCCAGUAUUGCCGAAUCCGAAUAUCACGACAAUCUAAGCUCUAGUUCAAUCUCUACUAAAUUGGCAGAUGAUUCUGUACUUUCCAUUGAUGGUGAUCUAUUGUUUGAAGCUGUGGUGAUUUUUACCUUGCUCUACCUACGAGACUUCAUGAUGAACUCUUUGACUUUCACUAUUGACCAAUUAUCGCUGAUUCCAUUGAUCAUCAAGCGGCAUGACACCAACUUCUACAACCGCUUCCAAUUGCACCAAAUAGACCCCUUUUUUGCCCUUUCCUCGAUCCUAACCCUUUUCUCUCACGACUUAAGACACCAAAGUCAAGAAUCUUUGAGUAUCGUCUUUCAAAUUUUCGACCUUGUCAUUUCGUUUAAUUCUAUGAUGGUGCCACUCACUAUUUAUAGUAAUUUAUUGUUGGCCAAAAAGGAAGACCUGUCAGCAAGACUGCAAGAUAACCUCCAGAAUUUUGACAAUGACACCGAUUUGAUACAUGGGGUCAUUCAGCAAGAGAUGAUAGUUGGAUCUGGCCCACAAUUAUGGAAUUCUGUCCUUGAAGCUACCAGAAAAUCUGACAACAGCAUAGGACAAGAAACCAAAAGAGUAGUAAACAAGUUCAGUGUCCUUAUGACAGAACGGGCCUUGCCUGUGACCAUCGAAGAGAGUCUCAAUUGGCUGGAGCAGGAGGUGCGGUUGAGCGAAGCAAGGUCUACAACGCCCCAAGGCUAUCGCCCUCCGGCAGUUUCCCGGUGGAAGAUAAUUACUCAAAGUGGCGGACCAACGCUAGUGAAAAUGUCUUUGUUUGUGGGCUUUGCCGCUAUUUUGUUAAAGCUGUACAUGCGAACGUUGGACAACCACUCGGGGUCUUCUAUUUUUACCUUGAAGUCCUAUUUCGACCACUUGAAAACUCUUAAAUUUUCAGGUCUCCGACAGCCGCGUAGGGUAUGGCUGGACCCCAUUCAGAACUUGUUAGAGACUAUAGGUCGGCGCUCAACUUCCUGA